GCAAGAAGCAAAUCUGCGGUAUCUUUUGGUUUCCUCUGAACGACCAACAGAUCAGGACAGGGCAAUUUUUGGCUGCUCACUCGUGCAGGGACAAGUCUUCUAGAUUAUUGGCUUAUAAGGCGACCCUCUUUUCCCUCCCAUGACGCGCCGUCGUUGAUUGUCAAUGGCAAUGCCAGCCUGCGGAAAUGCGAAGCUACUCAAAUAUCAGGCGCGCGCUCUUUUCGAUUGAAAAUGGCACUCCCCUCUCCGUCGGUUUCUUCUCUCGUGACGAAUUCAAAGCCUGAGGCUUCUGGUGCAACUUCCCGUCGACGAUUAUCGAAAUUGAAACAGCCGAGGUCAUUCAACGGUUCUCUACGUCACUAUUCUACAGCAGGGGAAACCGAUGGGCUACGUGAUGCGAAGCCCGAACCGCUUGUUCCUGCUGAAAAUGGCGACGCGCCAUGUGAUGGAGAAACAGAUUUGACAGAGAACAUCGAAAGCUCGCUGUUCUCGGAUGAACCCAUCCCACUGACCACCGCCAAAAAGGGGGAUCAGCCAGGGGACAAGAUCGUCCUUCCCAGUGAUAAGGACUAUGCAGGUCUAGGAGACUCGUUGCGACGGACUCCAAAAGGAACUCUCAUCUCCGAGUUUGUGAAUAAAGGAAUAAUCCAGACAGAUGUUGAAUAUGUUAAACUAGAGCAUGGUGGCGUUCUCUGUACUCUGAAGUGCACUGUCGUAGAGACGCCUGAAGUUGUAAUUGUGGAAGCCCGCGGUAGUUCAGAUAAACACUCAAGCCGUGAGGCUUUUCGGCAUCUAGUUUCAAAGCUGCAUCUAAGCGGCGUGCUCCGGCGAUUAAUUGACCGAGGCAAGCCUCGAGUUUUGAAGAAGCUUCGGCUUCGUAUAGAGGAUGAUUUGCUUGUUUUACCGGAAACGCUCAAAUCAGAAAAGCACGACUGGUGGAACUUGACCGGUGGUAUCAAGAAGAUGCGAAAACCCUCCAAACAUCCAAGGCCCGAAAGCUUACAGAGAGCUUGCCAAUAAACAAAAACAAGAAAAAAGUCCUUGGUAUCGUCGAAAACAACACGUAUUCCAUUAUUGCAGCAGAUACUGGCUCCGGCAAGUCGACCCAGGUUCCCAUGAUAUUGCUUCACAACGCCAUCGCAAAGGGUGCCGGGCCAGAGUGCAAGAUCAUCUGCUGCCAGCCCCGUAGAGUUGCU